CCCGAGAGGUGGUCCCGCUAUCUCCCUUACGGACCAAUAAGGACGGUGACGCUUCUUCCUUCUUGGGCUCAUUCUUGAGGCGAAACUGUAAAGAGAAAAGGCAAGAAAAGAAGGAACUCUGGACGAGAAGCUCACUUGAAGGAUGCAGGACGGGAGUUGGAACCAGCCACUCCCCCCGAUCUCGGUGCUGCUCAAGGACUCUGCGGAAGGUGCUGCCGCCGCCGCCGCCGCCCUAGAGGGGGAUGCCGGACUCCUGACUGAGCCUGACGCUGGCGACGGGGACUGCGCCGACCUCACUGCCUUCCUGAGCGCCGAUGAGAUCAACCGCAGUCUGGACCUGGCCUGGGAGGCUUUCGAGGAAACGGCAGAGAAUCAGCAUUUGGACCCCCAACAGACUCCUUUGAACGACAGUGAAGUUGUCCAGGAAAUCAAAACCUCCAACACGGAUGACACCACUGCGCCUCUUCGUCAGGCGGAUGGGUCCUCACCUGAUAAGUUGAGCCGCCUCAAGCCGGUGCCGCCGGUCUACAAGCAGGAUAAACCUCGACUCCUUCACGAAGGCUUGGAGCUAAACGACCGCGCGUCUUCGGCCUCGGACUUCUGCAGCCGCGCUGCUACCUUCAUCGAGGAGCUGUCAUCCAUUUUUAAAGGUUCCUCUCACCUGGAGCAUGGUGGGGAGGAGGAGUCGUCCUCCCCCGAUAGCGGAUAUCUGUCACCCGGGAACCAGCGGCCGGGCCCUCAAGGGACCCCGGCCGUGCCCGUCACCACCCGCCAGACGGAGCAGACGCAGCAAGCGGGACCUCCGGAGGGGGCGCCGGUCGCUCCCGAGCAGCAACCUGCUGGGGGUGCGCCGGCCCCAUCGGCACCCUUGGCGCCGCCGUGCUUCGUGCAGAAGCUGAAAAGUCAGGAGGUGGCGGAGGGCAGCCCCAUUCGUCUGGAAUGCAGAGUCAGUGGAAACCCACUGCCACUCAUCAGGUGGUUCUGCGAGGGUCGCGAGCUGCACAACUCCCCCGACAUCAACAUCUGGCAAGAUGGUGAACUUCACACGCUGGUGAUCGCCGAGGCCUUUGAGGACGACACGGGACGCUACACCUGCGUGGCCUCCAACAGCCUCGGGGCGGACAACACUUCGGCCGAGGUUUACAUUGAAGGCGCGUCGUCAUCAGACUCAGACGGAGAAGGCUCGCCGUCCAAGUCCAGAUCGGCAAGCAUGCCCGUACUGCAGAAGAAAACGACUUCCAUGUGCCUGACGAUACGCUCGGCGUCUCCCAAAACUCCGGAGGUGCUGCCUCAUCGCUCCACGCUGGUCCAGUCAUUGUCGCAGCCUUCGCAAAGGACGCAGAGCCCGGUGUCGUCGUUGUAUGGCGGCGAUGGCUCGGGUCCGCCUAUAUUCACAAAAUUGCUGCAGGAUACGCAGGCGUCCGAAGGUCAGGUGGUAGUUCUGGAGUGCAGGGUCCGUGGGGGCCCCCCUGUGCAGGUCAGGUGGUACCGCCAAGGCGAUCAGAUCUUGGACUCUCCGGAUUUUAGGAUUCUCCAGAAAAAACCCCGAUCGGCGGCAGAGUCAGAUGAGAUCUGCACCCUGGUGAUUGCUGAGGCCUUUCCGGAAGACGGCGGCUUGUUCUGCUGCACCGCCUCCAACCCGUAUGGUUCAGUGAACAGCUCCGCCCAACUCACUGUAACAGCGGGAGCCGAGGACUCCUCCUCCAGUAACGGUGUGUCUGGAGAUAGUUCUGCGCUAGAGGAUGGGGCGUCCUUCCCCCCACCGCCCCCACCCCCGCCCACCGAGAUCAGCCUGCUGGAACUACCACCCAAGAUGCCGCCUCAGGAAGUAGAGCUGUGGUCUCCGGAGCCCGAGGAAAGGCAUGAUGAGAUGAGCUGCGUGCCCAAUGGCCAACCCGACUCCCUGCCAUCUCCACCAUCAGAACCCGCACCCCCACCUCCUCCUCCGCCGCCUCCGCCUCCCCCUCCUCGGCGAUUUCCAUCAGACUCACCUCCCACCCCUGGAAGGCCGUCCCCAAGCCUCGGGAGGGAGGCCCUGCCACUUCCCACCAAGCCCAAACCAAAACUGAACGCGUCGCAGCUGAAGCAGCUUCAGGAGCAGAUUUUAUUGGAGCAGCGGGAAGCCGCCAUCUGGCAACAGCGAAACCAGGAAGUCCCGCCUCCGCCGCAGGAAGCGCCACCGUCCGACUCGCCGUCCCCGCCCCUCCCUCCUCCUCCCUACCUCCAGGAACUGGAGAGCAGCGCCACCAUGCAGGCCAGCACCUUCAACUACGCGCGGCCCAAGCAGUUCAUCGCCGCCCAGAGCCCCGGCGGGGUCGUCGGCGGCUACGCCGCCCACUCCUCGGGGUCCUCGGGCUCCAACUUGUCGUCCCCGCUGUCACCGCCCACCUCACAUAAAGCCUUGGGCAAGAUGGCCGCGCCGCCGUUCUCCAAGGGCGUGGACUCGCCGGGCUCGCCGUCCUUCCCGCCCCCGCCCCCGCCCUUCUUCAUGUCCGCUAACCUGCCUUCGCCGUCGGGCGGCGCCCAGGACUUCCCACCGCCACCUCCUCCCCCUCCCCCUCCCCCGCCGCCCGCAUGCGUGUCCCCCACCCUCUCGGACGCGUCUUCGCCAUUCUCCUCCGUCCCGCCGUCUCCGGCUUCCAGCUUCCUGUCUUCGGUGUUGCCGGCCACGCCCACCAUGCCGGGUAGCCCCACAGUCAAUGCGCUGGGCCUCCCCAAAGGAAACGGCACUGUCAAGGCCUUCCCCAAGAAGUCGCCGGCCACUCGCACGUCUCGCAUGGCGUCCGACUCCGACAUCCAGGGCUCCAAAGACGCCGUCAUCCAGGACCUGGAGCGGAAACUGCGCUUUAAAGAGGAGCGUGUCAGCAACGGCCAACAGAGGCUAACCUACGAGGAGAAGAUGGCUCGCAGGCUGCUGGGCGCCGACAGCGCCGCCACCGUCUUAAAGACGCAGGACGCCGAGGAGGAGCCCGUCGCCACGCAGGAGUACAAGGUGUCCAGUUUCGAGCAGCGCCUGAUCAGCGAGAUCGAGUUCCGACUGGAGCGCUCGCCGGUCGAGGAGUCGGACGACGACGUGCAGCACGACGCCGAGCGCGCGGCCGGCGACGGGGCCCCGCCCACUUUUCACAACAAACUCAAACACUACAAAGUGUUUGAGGGCAUGCCCGUCACCUUCAGCUGCAAAGUGCACGGGGACCCCAAACCAAAGGUGUACUGGUUCAAAGACGGCAAGCAGAUCUCCAAGCGCAGCGAGCACUACCGCAUCGGCCGCUCCGCCGACGGCACGUGCACGCUGCGCACCGCCGCCGCCUCCCUGGACGACGACGGCAACUACACCGUCAUGGCGGGAAACCCCGAGGGCCGGGUGAGCUGCACGGGCAGGAUGAUGGUGCAAGCCGUCAACCAGCGAGGUCGCAGCCAGCGCUCGGCGCCGGGACACAUGCGCAGGCCGAGGUCGCGGUCCCGAGACAGUGGCGACGAGAACGACAACAUCCAGGAGCGCCACUUCCGCCCGCACUUCCUGCAGGCGCCCGGCGACCUCAUCGUGCAGGAGGGACGACUUUGUCGCAUGGACUGCAAGGUGAGCGGCCUGCCCACUCCGGACCUGCUGUGGCAGCUCAACGGUCAGACCAUCCGGCCCGACUCGGCCCACAAGAUGCUGGUGCGCGAGAACGGCGUUCACUCGCUGGUCAUCGAGCCCGUGGGCGCCCGCGACGCCGGAGUCUACACGUGCAUCGCCAGCAACCGCGCCGGGCAGAACUCCUUCAAUCUGGAACUCAUCGUCGCAGCCAAAGAGCUGCACAAAGCUCCAUCGUUCACAGAGAAGCUCCAGAACACGAGCGUGGCCGAGGGGCACCCCGUGCGUCUGGAGUGCCGCGUCAGUGGCGUCCCGUACCCGCAGAUUUUCUGGAAACGCGAGAAUGAGUCGCUCACGCACAACACGGACAGAAUUAGCAUGCACCAGGACAACUGCGGCUACCUGUGCAUGAUCAUCCAGCCGGCCACCAAGGAGGACGCCGGUUGGUACACCGUGUCGGCCAAGAAUGAGGCGGGCAUCGUCUCCAGCACUGCCCGCCUUGAUGUGCACGGCCAGAACCAGCACCCGACGAGCGCGCGGAAGGCCAAGUCGCUGCGUCCGUCCAGCAGCCGCUACGCCGCCUUGACAGAGCGCGGCCUGGACGUCAAAGCGGCCUUCUUCCCUGACAGCAGCAGCCCUCUGCCGCCAGGAUCCCUCGUGGAGAGCGAUGACCUGUAGGGGGCGCCUCUCCGGCCCUCUACACACCUUCCUGCUUCUUCUUCCUCGUUUUUUUUUUUUUUUUUUUUUUUUUUUUUUAAGUGAUGAGCAAGUGCAAGAUGGGAAAAGGCGAGCGAGUAAGCAAACAAGGCCGGGCCUUCAAGGAUCAGUACAAGGAAGAUGUGUGUCGGUUUUGGUUGUGGCAAGACGGACGGUUGUUGUUUCAGUUUGACGUGAACACUUUUCAGUGUCACAAAUUGUCCAGUUUAUUUUUGUAUUAAAAAAAAAAGACUAUUUCCAUAGCCAACAUUUUAAAUUAUGUCAUCAGUCUGUAUCACAACACUUUUUUUUUUUUUUUGCAUGUGAUCUUGGACACUCGCGUGUGUGUGUGUGCACCGUGCCAAAACAACAUUUACCAUCUUUCCUGUCAUAAGCACAUUAUGAUUAGUAGUUAUUAAUCCAUCAUCAAGCGUGUGUUUUUCAUGCCAAGCCAUGCCUGUAUAUGGAUUUAUCUCCACCGCUGAUGUUAUAUUAGUUCAUGAACCUUGAAAAUAAAGAUUCUUACAUCUC